AGGGCAGGAGCGGGCGGUGCUAAGAGCCGGUAUUUGGAUGCCCAGCUUGCCCGUCGGGGGUAUCCCUACCUCCGGCCCUUCCUCUUUCCUACCGGGGUGAACCGUCAUGGCAGAAGAAGAGAGCGGCGAGCUGGGCAGGGCUCUCUCGUACACCGAGCCCGCUCCGGCCCUUGACAUCGGAUGCAGACCCAUGGCCGAAGUGUGGGUGCUGGUGAUCAACACCGGGGGGACGAUCGGGAUGGUGCCCCAGUCAGAGGGUCUUGUCCCUGAAGCUAACAAGCUUGCAGAAGCUCUGAAAAAGAUGACCAUACUUCAUGAUGCAACAUAUGCCAAGGAAACACAACUAGAUAACCGCCUCGGAGUUGACACUUUGGUACUUCCUUCUUCCAACCAGGAUAAAAGAAUUAUCUACACCAUCCUGGAACUUUCUCCUCUACUAGAUUCUUCAAAUAUGACACCGUCUGAAUGGGACAAAAUUGCCAGCUGCCUUGAGGCAAACUAUGAGAAGUAUGACGGAUUUGUGAUCCUCCAUGGCACAGACACAAUGGCUUAUACAUCUUCAGCAUUGUCCUUCAUGUGUGAGAACCUGGGCAAAACUGUAAUCUUGACAGGAUCUCAGAUACCAAUAUAUGAACUGAGGAAUGAUGGCAGAGCCAACCUGUUGGGGGCACUGUUGAUUGCGGGCCAGUUUGUAAUUCCUGAGGUGUGCCUGUACUUUGAUAAUAAACUGUACAGGGGAAACCGGGUGACUAAGAUGGAUGCAGGGAGUUUCAGUGCCUUUUCCUCACCUAACCUGCCUCCGCUUGCAAAUGCUGAGGUUGAUAUUAUAAUUAAUUGGGAGACCAUAUGGAGAGCUAACACUAUGAAGAAAUUUGAGAUCCAUAUGAACAUGAAUAGCAACGUGGGACUACUGAGACUCUUCCCUGGAAUUACUGCUACAGCGGUAAGGGCAUUUCUUCAGAGUCCUAUGGAAGGCAUUGUACUUGAGACCUAUGGGAGUGGAAAUGCUCCAAAUAAUUGUCCAGAAUUACUAGAUUUGCUGAGGAAAGCUACUGAUUCCAAUGUUGUGAUUUUGAAUUGCACCCAAUGUCUGCGAGGAUCUGUGUCAUCAGUCUAUGCCACAGGAAAGACUCUCAUGGAUGCCGGUGUAAUUCCAGGAGGAGAUAUGACGCCAGAAGCUGCUCUUGCCAAGUUAUCCUAUGUCCUGAGCAAACCUGGACUUACUUUUGAUAAAAAGAAAAAGAUGCUGAGUAAGAAUCUGAGAGGAGAAAUGACUGUUGUACCCAUUGGAACCCAGAUAACUCUCAAAGAUUGCAAGUUUAUACAAGAGAUUGCAAAAUAUCUGUUGAUCAGCUGCAAAGAGGAACUGGCAGCUGUAAGGAAUGCCUUGACUCCUUCUUUGGCAUGCGUGGCUGCAAAAAAUGGUGACUUAACUGCCCUGAAAAUCUUACAGGACUUGGGUGGAAACUUGAGCUCUGGUGAUUAUGAUGGUCGCACUCCACUCCAUGUUGCAUCCUGUGAAGGCAAUUUGAAGAUAGUCAGGCAUCUGUUGAAGUCUGGUGCAACUGUAUAUGCAAAAGACCGAUUAGGAGCUACUCCACUGAUGAAUGCUGUCAAGUUCAGGAAUCACAAAGUAAUUGAACUACUCCGCAAAACUGGAGCUCACCUUUCCAGCCAAGAACUUGUGAAUGUUGGGACAGAACUCUGCAGUCUUGCUUUUCACGGAGAUCUUGAUGGUCUGCUGGCAUGGCAUUUAGCUGGGGUAGAUCUGAAUCAAACUGGUUAUGAUGGAAACACUCCAGCUAACGUGGCCAAGGCUGCAGGACAUGCAAAAGUCAUUGAGUUUUUCAAUAAAUUGGCAUCCUGAACUUGAUACAUGAUGUUCCUUAGUGACUGUGAGGAAGAAAGGCACUGUUUGUGCAAACUCUACAACCUACUGGAAAAAGCAAUUGAAUGCUUAUGAUGUUUAGAAUUAACUUAGUAUGGAGAUUUCUUUUUAUAUCUGUCUUUUAAAAACAACAACAAAUCCUUAAUAAAAAAAAGUAGUCUGCCUAUAAGGGUAUCAUAGAUCCAAACUGUAUUCCCAUAGUAGCCUGUCAGAUUGUAUUUUGUUUUCAGGAAGUAAUACAUGAUACUAAAUCACACUUUAGUAUUCAUUGGUAAAACUAGGACUUUAUGUCUAAUCUAGUCUAGUGAAGAGAAGGACCAGGGGAGACAUGAUAUCAGUG